AUGGCUGUCAAAGGAUCCUUUGUAUACGGUGUGGUCUUUUCGAUUUUUCUGUCUCCUUCUGUUUUGCAUCUCAGUAAUUCCGAGCUGAUAUAUUCUGUUCCCGAAGAGUUGGAACGUGGAUCAGUAGUCGGAAACAUUGCAGCUGAUCUGGGUCUCGAAGGGAAAAAACUGUCAGCACGAAACGCACGCUUGAACACAGAGGGGAAUACAGUACCUUUUGUGGAAAUAGACCAGAAGAGCGGAAGCCUCGUCGUUUCGGAGAUUGUGGAUAGAGAAGAGCUUUGUGGGUCAAAGCUAUCAUGCGCUUUAAAGUACGAGCUUAUACUGGAAAAACCUCUUGAAGUGCAUAGAAUUACAGUACAAAUACAAGAUAUUAACGAUAAUGCGCCACAUUUUUCUGCCGAUCGAAUUAAGCUUGAAAUACGCGAAUCUGCUAGCAAAGGAACGCGGUUUCUCUUGGGCGAAGCCCACGAUGCUGAUGUGGGAACAAACACUGUUCAGAAAUACUCCCUGGAAAAUAAUGACCACUUUUCCUUACGUGUGAAUACUAACACAGACGGGGGUAAAUACAGUGAACUGGUUUUAGAAAAAGAACUGGAUCGUGAACAACAGCAGGAGCUGGCGUUAUUGCUCACGGCUACAGAUAAUGGGACUCCACAGAGGUCUGGAACAGUAAUUAUAGACAUCACUGUAUUAGACGCUAAUGAUAAUGUCCCAGUGUUUAGUCAACCGAUCUAUAAAGUGAGUCUUCCUGAAAAUUGCCCCUCAGGCACUGUAGUGGUUACUGUAAGCGCAACAGACGCAGAUGAAGGAGUAAAUGGAGAGGUAACAUAUGAGUUCAGUCGACUGCCUGAUAAGAUUGCUCGGCUAUUCUCUUUAGACAAAGUGAGUGGGGAAAUAAAAGUGACUGGACAGAUUGACUAUGAAGAAGAAUCGGUUUAUGAACUGCGUAUACAAGCAAAAGAUGGUUUAGGAUUAGCUUCAAAUGUUAAAGUAGUUGUAGAAAUUACAGACAUGAAUGACAAUGCCCCAACAAUCACAGUUCAGUCUCUCUCCAACUCUAUCCAAGAAAAUACAGCUUCUGGUACAGAGGUAGGCAUUAUUAAUGUGCGAGACAAAGAUGAAAGGGGAAAUCAAGAAGUUCAUUGUAUAAUUCCACCAAACGUCCCUUUUGAAUUAAAUCCAUCAAUAAAAAAUUUUUACACUAUAAUAACCAAGGGUCCUCUGGACCGUGAACUUGUUGAAAAUUAUAAUAUCACAAUUACUGCCACUGAUGGAGGCACCCCACCAUUAUCUUCAUCCAAAACUAUAUACUUUUCUAUUUCUGAUGUUAAUGACAAUCCCCCUGUGUUUCAAGAACAAUCAUACAGUACAUAUGUUAGGGAGAACAAUAAGCCAGGGACCUCCAUAUGUUCUGUCAAAGCACAAGACCCUGACUUCAGACAAAAUGGUACAGUGUUUUACGAUAUCUUUCCUGGUGAGGUAAAUGGAGUUCCUAUAUCCUCGUACGUCUCCAUUAAUGGAGACACAGGUGUGAUCCAUUCUGUGAAGUCAUUUGACCAUGAGCAAUUCAGAAGCUUCAGACUCCAGGUUUUAGCCAGAGACAGCGGUUCUCCUCCACUCAGCAGUAACGUGACUGUGCACAUCUUCAUAACUGAUGAAAAUGACAACUCUCCGCAGAUAUUAUACCCUGCUCCAGAGGAUAAGUCUUUUAUGACUGAGGUUGUACCUAAAGCUGUUCUGUCGGGCUCUCUAGUCUCCAAGGUGAUCGCUGUGGAUGCUGACUCUGGACAGAAUGCGUGGCUAUCUUAUCAGAUUGUUAAAUCUACUGAUCCGGGACUUUUCACAAUCGGUGUUCACAGUGGAGAGAUAAGAGCACAGCGAGACAUUUCUGAAUCUGACAGCACUAAACAGAAUCUUAUCAUCUCAGUGAAAGACAAUGGAAAUCCACCUUUAUCUACAACAUGUACAGUAUUUUUAAUUAUUUCAGAUGAUCUUGCGGACGUUCCAGAACUAAAAGACAUGCCUUAUGAGCAGAGUAAUUCAAACUUGACUUCGUAUUUGAUUAUUGCCCUGGUUUCAGUUACUACACUUUUCACGUCGUUUAUAAUACUCAUCUUUGCUUUGAGGUAUUGUCGCAGAGGAAAGCCUAGACCGAUUUUUGAUGGAGCAGUCGCUAUUCCAAGCGGAUAUUUCCCUCCCAACUAUGGCGAACUAGAUGGACUUGGAACUCUCCGCAGUUCUUGCAAUUAUGACACAUAUCUAACGACCGGCUCACGUACCAGCGAUUUCAAAUUCGUAAGAUCCUACAAUGAGAAUACAAUGCUCGCAAGUCACACACUGGGGAGGAGUCCGAAUGAUCCUGUUGAGGGAAAUGAACUGUCCUCUGGUGUUACUGAAGUAUCUCUUGAGGUAGGCUAUGUGUUAAGUCUUAAGUAG